AGUACAUUUCCUACCAUAUCUACUCGUAUUCGUAGCAACUUCUCCAGUACUGCGCUUUAAUGGAGUUAGUCAUUUAGAAAAAUAGUGUAGUCUAACCGGAAACAGUAAAUUGUAUCAAGAUGACGGUGGUUGAGUUUUUCGGCUGCAGUUUCUUAGCCUUCGGGCCACCGGUGGCAAUGUUUGCCCUCACAAUCGCGCACGAUCCGAUACGUAUCAUCAUUCUGAUAGCAGCAUCAUUUUUCUGGCUCGUUUCACUACUGCUCUCGUCGACAGUAUGGCUUGCGUUUUACCCCAUUACGCCGCAGUUAACCUUUGGUUUGAUCUGUUCGGUGUUCAUUCAGGAAGCAUUCCGUUAUCUUAUGUACAAGGUUCUUCGCAAGACAGAGAACGGCUUACAGGAAGUCACAGACAUCGUACGAAUCACCGACUACCGGCACAUCCUUUCGUACGCAUCCGGACUCGGUUUCGGCAUCAUUAGUGGCGCUUUUUCAUUGGUUAACAUUCUGGCUGAUUCCGUUGGCCCAGCUACGGUCGGAUUGAAAAAGGGAUCGGACAUCUUCAUGCUCAUCAGUGCAUCCCAAUCGCUGGCUAUGAUACUGCUGCACACUUUCUGGAGCGUUAUCUUUUUCAACGCAUUAGAUGUGAAGAACUACUCUCACAUCGGUUACGUUGUUGGCACCCACUUGUUUGUAUCCUGCACGACUUUAUUGAAUACGAGCGAGUUUUUCUUUAUAACGCUAAGCACGUCGUACUUCGUGCUUCUUAUAACCGGAAUUCUCGCAUUCCAAGUGGCCGGUGGCACUUUAGCCUCCUUCCGCAAGUUUGUCACUUGCAAGUGAUCCCUCCAUGAACUUAUAUUUAAAAUAUCUAUGUAAUUCACUCAUAUAUUCGCUAAUAAACAAAUCUAUAUU